GCCUUCCCAGCCACCGCGGUACAGGAACCCCAGCAACUCGGGCACCGGGACUCGGGCGGGCUCCCAAGAUGCCAGCGAUCGCGGUGCUCGUGGCGGCCGCCGCGGCGUGGUGCUUCCUCCAAGUGGACAGCCGGCACCUGGACGCGCUGGCCGGUGGCGCGGCCCUCAACAACGCCAAUUUCCUAGACAAUGACCAGUGGCUGAGCACCGUCUCCCAGUAUGACCGUGACAAGUACUGGAACCGCUUCCGAGAUGAUGAUUAUUUCAGAAACUGGAAUCCCAACAAGCCCUUUGACCAAGCCCUAGACCCAUCCAAGGACCCUUGCUUGAAGGUGAAAUGCAGCCCACACAAAGUAUGUGUGACCCAGGACUACCAGACAGCCCUGUGUGUCAGCCGCAAGCACCUGUUGCCCAGGCAAAAGAAGGGGAGUGUGGCUCACAAGCACUGGGUCGGACCUUCAACUCUGCUUAAGUGCAAGCCUUGCCCCGUGGCACAGUCAGUGAUGGUCUGCGGCUCUGAUGGCCACACGUACACGUCCAAGUGCAAGUUGGAAUUCCAUGCUUGUUCUACGGGCAAAAGCCUCAGCUCCCUCUGUGAUGGGCCCUGUCCGUGUCUGCCUGAGCCUGAGCCACCAAAACCCAAGGCAGAGAAGAGUGCCUGCACAGACAAGGAGCUGAGGAACCUCGCUUCCCGGCUGAAGGACUGGUUCGGGGCUCUUCAUGAGGACGCCAACAGAGUCAUCAAGCCUACCAGCUCUGAUACAGCCCAAGGCAGGUUUGACACCAGCAUCCUGCCCAUCUGCAAGGACUCCUUGGGCUGGAUGUUCAACAAGUUGGACAUGAACUAUGACCUCUUGCUGGACCACUCGGAGAUCAACGCCAUCUACCUUGACAAAUAUGAGCCCUGUAUCAAGCCUCUCUUCAACUCGUGUGACUCCUUCAAGGACGGCAAACUCUCCAAUAACGAAUGGUGUUAUUGCUUCCAGAAGCCAGGAGGUCUCCCUUGCCAGAAUGAAAUGAACAGAAUUCAGAAGCUGAGCAAGGGGAAAAGCCUACUGGGGGCAUUCAUCCCUCGGUGUAACGAGGAGGGGUACUACAAAGCCACACAGUGCCAUGGCAGCACGGGGCAGUGCUGGUGUGUGGAUAAAUACGGGAACGAGCUGGCUGGCUCCAGGAAACAGGGCACUGUAAGCUGUGAAGAGGAGCAGGAAACCUCCGGGGACUUUGGCAGCGGAGGCUCCGUGGUCCUCCUGGAUGACCUAGACGAUGAGCGGGAGCUGGGACCAAAGGACAAAGAGGGGAAGCUGAGGGUGCACACCCGGGCGGUGAGGGAAGAUGAUGAGGAUGAAGAUGACGACAAAGAAGACGAGGUUGGGUACAUAUGGUAGUGCCCACGAGGAAGAGGACACGCUUUUGGCACAGAUCUGCAAGUCGUUUCCUUUGCCUGCGUUUGUAUCUAAGACUCCGAGGCACCGGGGUCUCUUCUCCACUGUUGCUCUCUGUGCCGGGGACUGAGGUUUGGAAGACCCUCUUACCAGAGCGUCUGAAUUUGCAUACAGUUGUGUGGGAGAAAGGAUGUUAUUUUUGUUCCUUGUUUUUUGUUUUCAUUGGAUGAGAGGAUGGGCUGGCUUAAAGCCUCCGUCUCUCCCUGUGAGGUUUUUGCAACUAGCAUGUGAGUUAUGUGGAGUCCAACAGUGCGGGGAGCCCCACCCUCUCAAACGUCAAAGACCCUCUCUGAUUACCCACGUUGGUGGUUCUUUCAGCAUGGUUCCCAGCCUUAUGUCUCCGUGCUUUUCUUGUGUCCUGUAGCUGUUGUGGAAAACAUACCAGGCUGUCCCCUUUUCCUCCUGUCUCCACCACCUCUGGUGUUUAUUAUUAAAAAUUAAUUUUCAUGUCA